UGAACCGUACGUAACUUUGCCCAUGACGCAUGUAAACAUACAUGUUUCUGCACAACGAUUAUUUUAAAAUGUAAACUCAAAGUGGCCGAAUGAAUGCAAAACAAUGUAAGCAAUAGAUUAGUUCUCAAUCGGUAGUUAGGUUAGCGAACUUGUCUUCUUUAAAAAAAAUCGUACCGCGUGUAUGCCUGCCUGGUAUGGAUUGUGGAGCAACAACAAAAAGUGAGUAAGGCUCCAUAAUGUCUUUCACUUAAAUCUAACCAAGUAGCUUAAAUUGCCAGUAAAACCAGUCAAAACGGCAAUAAGCACAACAGCCUUCGUUAAAUUGUCAGCCAAAGCUUUUACCCGCAUAUAUCUUAUGAUUGUGUACAUGGGAAGGAAGUGGAAUUUCCUGAACCAUGAAUGAGAACCAAAUCGAAGAGAAGCAUGCGACCAAGGGUUCUAGUCGCAAAUAACACCAUUCCUCUGAAUCGAAGAGCUGUACGCAAAGCAUCUUACGACACCUACUGGCGGAAGAAGAUUGUAUAAUCUGAAAAUAAACCACGAUCAGAUAUGCUUUCAGCGUAGCGAAAUGGACGUGUGUCAGUAACAUGCAAUGUCAUUACAAAUAAUCCGGCGUGAGACCGUGAGAAGCUGUGGAGAAAGCUGAGGGUCAUGGCACUUUUUGUCCGGACACCGUGGCAACGGAGCAAUGCCCAAUGAGAUGAGACGGACUAGUUGCAGACAUAACACACUCUGAACAACUGCAAGUGGACCUAGACCUUAACAGCAUGUGGAUAAAUCUGUCAGAUUCAUUAGUCUGAACUGAACUUGUUAAAAAGGAUCAGGGCAUCCCAGAGAUUUCAUUAUAAGCUGCCAGCAAGGUAGCAAAUAUAUACAUUGUGCUGUGACAUGGCAAACAGCAAUGGCCAACUAAUACCCAAUCAAAACUCAGAGAGGAAGAUUUAACCCUUCACAAUUAAAAAUGACCACAUCAAUGCAGGAGAAUGGAAAGAAGCCCAAAGGCACUGAUGAGUGGAUGCAAGGAAGACAGAAGACACGCUUCUGUUCUGACUGCAGGAAGAGCUUUCAACAGGAGCGGGACCUUAUAAGACACCAACGAACACAUACUGGAGAGAAGCCAUACCACUGUCCUGACUGUGACAGAGGUUUUUCUAGAUCAGAUAAACUUAAGUUACACAGGCGAACACACACUGGAGAGAAGCCUUACCACUGUCUUGAUUGUGACAAACGUUUUUCUCUAUUAGAUAAGCUUAAGUUACACAAAAAAGUACACGAGAAAGACAGACAUCGACGAAAGCCUUACCUUUGCUCAAUCUGCAACAAGAGUUAUGCAGGACAGCUGAGUCUUAAAAAACAUCAACUGAUACACCUGCCGGAGCGGCCCUUCAACACUGCCAGUGAUGUGCUUUCGAAAAACAAACAGCAAUGCCCAAUCAAUGGCCAGUGUCCAUCAGAUCAGAAAUAUCAACCCUCAUGUUUAGAAAGACCACAACAACCACAAACCGUCCCAAAGAAUGGAGAGCAGGCCCAAGAUGCCGAUGGCACUGAUGAGUGGAUCCAAGUUAUCUCUUCUGAAGGAGAGAAGCAUCACUACUGCCCUGAGUGUGGAAAAACAUUUAGACAAGGGAGGGAUCUUAUAAGACACCUGAGGACACAUACUGGAGAGAAGCCUUACCACUGUCCCGAUUGUGAUAAAAGUUUUGCAAGAUUAGAUAAACUGAAGUUACACCAACGAACACAUACAGGAGUGAAGCCUUACCACUGCCCUGACUGUGACAAAAGUUUCAGUAGGUUAGAUAAACUUAAGUUACACAAAAAAAUCCAUGAGAAAGACAAACAUCGACAGACGUCUUAUGACUGCUCAAUUUGUGACAAGAGUUUUCCGGGACGGCAGAGACUUGAAAAACAUCAAUUGGUACACAUCGAAAGAAAUCGUUACCGCUGUUCAAGGUGUGAUAAAAGAUUUCCUGACAUGGCAAAACUAAGGUCACACCUACCAAUACACAGUGGAGACCUGGCGCUUCACUGCUCUGACUGUGGCAGGUGUUUCUUAAACAAGGCAAAGCUGGAAAGGCACCAAAUCAUACACAAUGGAAGUGGAAAAGUACCAUACCUUUGCACUGUCUGCGGGGAGGGUAUUCCAAAUUUACAGAAGUUGGAGGAGCACCAGCGAACGCACACUGGAGAGAAACCUUAUGACUGCUCUGAAUGCGGGAAGAGCUUUUCACUUAUAAAAACAUUGGCGAGACACAAGCAAGUACAUAAGUUAAAUCCCUCUGGAGAAAGAGCAACUUAUCCUUGCCCUGAAUGUGACAAAACCUUUUCUCGUUCAUGUGAUGUGAUGACUCAUGUGCGGAGGGUGCAUAAUAGAGAAAGACCUUUCCAGUGCUCUUGCUGUGGAAAACGAUUUUUCCAAAAGAACUCACUUACAGUACACAUAAGAAUUCACACUGGAGAGAAACCGUAUCAAUGCUCAGACUGUGGACAGAGCUUCUCCCAAAUAAACGACAGAAACCGCCACCAGAAGAGACAGCACUCUAGAGAGCAGUCUUGACCUCUAUGCUAGUGUGGAAAGCACAGUCACAAAGAUAUUCAAUGACAAUUGGCACUAAAACCCCCCAAAAUACAAUAUUGGUUCACAUUGCCAUGGUUUGAUCUUGUAUUCCUUCCCAACUGCACAGUUGACACCACUUGUCCUUGAUCAGUGCACAUACAUGGUAUAGGUUGCUAGGUUACGCACGGACAUACAUCCAGGAGACAUAGGUAAUCGUAGAAUGUCGGUUGCCCAGACAACCUGGUCAAAACUCAUGCACAACAGCUGGGAUGCAUUACCAUAUGUGGUUUUACUAACUCAGCACUCCCAAUAAGGAAUAGAGUCCUGUUCACCUACAAUACAAUGAGCGGGAGCCCCACUGCUGAUAUUAAGACGUACCCCCAAAAGGCAGAUUUGUUCUAGUGGUUCCUGCCAGGCCCAAGGCCUAGUCUUCUGCACAUCGAUGGAGACUAGGAGCCUUGCUUAGCUGUCAUUCCAUUCAUUACAAUGUGCCUGGAUACAGAGAAGGCAAAGACAUUGGUCUUGGUAGACGCAGCCAUUGUGAUUUUUUUGUGCAUUAAACAGAAUAAUGGGAACACUAAAGGACUAAGCAAAGUAAUGGAAUACAUUGGUAAUGUUGUUAGCAGUGUUUUAUUGACACAAGCCUACAGGCAUUGUCACAUAAAUGUCUGCGCCCUAGAUAAGAAACUAUGCUCUGAGAAAGAAACUACUAUAAAGACAUGCUAUAUUUUCAUAAGCCUUUUUUAUGUUUUGAUUUCUUUUCAGAAGAUGCUAUAUAUUCCAGAGUGCGCAUAUUUUUUUUGUGUGACAGAAAAGUGGUAAAAGAGGAUUUUCUUUUCAUGACAAAGAGCUGUGGGCCGUUGUCAAAGCCACACUGCGGCUGUACGUGUGUCCACCCUUGGUCCCAAAAAUUGUUUUAGGUAAUAUGUGCAUUAAUAUACAGCAUUCGAAUGUGUUCAAGGUUUACAAUGGGCUCCUUCUUGAUUGCAUGAGAAUUAGCCACCUCGAUGCGUCAUUCAAGCUUAGUUCAGUCUCUGGUUGCCGUUCAAUCGACAUUGUUAUUGUUGUGUCCAAGCCUUAUAUUUUAAAAACCGUGAAUAAAAACAAUUCUCAUUACACAUCUUUCUACAUAUUCUG